AUGGUUCAAGGCGAACCUGCUGAGAAGAAAGUUCACCCUUUCUUCUCUCGGAACCUCGAGCCACCGUCGACUCCUCCACCUAGCUACGCAACAGCUGAACAGACUGGGCAGCCAGGACUCGAGGACGAAGAUGUCAGCAAGAAGCGUAAGACAGAAGACGCAGGCGAGGUCCGAGAUGAAUCUGCCUCGAAGAUGCCAAAGAGAAAGAGGGGCAGACCAAGGCGCAGUGACCCGAUCACCAAGCACUUGGUGCAACCUCAACAAACACCUGAACCAGCGCCUGCGCCUGCGCCAGCGGAUCAAUUGGGGCAGACCGAACAACAGCCACCGAAAACCGCUCCUCCGACUUCAGAGAAGAUCACGCAAGCCGCGAUCAAUGAUGCCGCUGGGAAAAAGGUUCUGAAAUUCAACCCUUUGACUGAUAUCUCCGAACCCAAAGUCGACUCUGAGGUUAUAAGUGCGGCCGAAGUGCUCCAGGCCGGCAAGGAGGCCUUCUACCUGAAAGAAUGGCUAGAAGGUCUUCGAGUUCAAGCAGUCGAGACGGGAAGCAAUGACUGUGGGAAAGUCCAGCCAAAGGGAGAAAGACCUGCAAAAAAGCGCCGGAAGAAUAAGCUGGACGGCUUCAUCGUUAAUAGCGAUGAUGAUGAGAACGACCUUGAUGAGGUGUCGGAAGGCGAACCAGACUGGACGACGUCAGGCUCUGGCCGCCCCAAAACCGUCAUGCGACGAGUCAAGAAGGAACAAGGCCGUUUGAACAACGCAAUGGUGAUCAGUGGCCCGCAUGGGUGUGGCAAAACGGCAAGUGUCUAUGCUGUUGCCAAAGAACUUGGGUACGAGAUUUUCGAGAUCAACUCAAGCACCCGUCGCAGUGGCAAAGACAUUCUGGAAAGAGUGGGCGACAUGACUAAGAACCAUCUAGUCCAUCGCCAACAAGACAGCGGAGCAGAGGAAGACAAUGUUGAGGAUCAGGUGGCCAAGGACCUCAAGUCAGGGAAGCAGGGCAUGAUGACAGCCUUCUUCAAGGCCAAGCCAGACGUGAAGGCUGCAAAGCCCAGGAAAGCGGCUAAAGAGACCGAACAGGUGCCAAAAACCGGUUCAAAAUCGCAGAAACAGUCGCUCAUCUUGGUGGAGGAAGCGGAUAUCCUCUAUGAGGAGGACAAGCAGUUUUGGCAAACCCUCAUGAGCCUCAUGGUACAGUCGAAGCGGCCUUUUGUGGUGACGUGCAACGACGAGAGUGUCAUACCACUACAGAGCCUAGCUUUGCACGGUAUCUUAAGGUUCAGCAUGCCACCCACGGAGCUUGCUGUCGAUGUGUUGCUGCUGAUAGCUGCCAAUGAGGGCCACGCCCUGAAGAGACAAGCUGUCGAGCAUCUGUACAUGUCGCGAAAAUACGACUUGCGAGCUACGAUCACAGAGCUCAACUAUUGGUGCCAGAUUGGAGUUGGCGACCGUCGCGGAGGCUUCGACUGGUUCUACCAACGUUGGCCAAAGGGAAUCGAUGUUGACGAGCAUGGCGAUACGGUGCGCGUGAUCAGCGAGAAUACAUACAUGGACGCUAUGGGGUGGUUGGCCAGGGACGCCUUGGCCACUCGUGGUCGUGCCUUGUCGAAAGAGGAGGAAGCUCUGCAGCAGUGCUGGGACUCGUGGCGCUUCGCAGCUGGGGACUGGCACGAGGCAAAUGGCUCUAACCCGAGUGUCUUUCACCUGCCUCCCAAAGACCUGGACGCCUUUGGCAACUUUAGCGAUGCGUUGAGCGCGGCGGAUAUAUCCUCCACGGCCCUUGGCAGCGCUGCCCUCGACGGGAGCAUUGAUCCUGGCUUGCCGCCGAUGCCCGACAAGGUCAAGGAAGACUUCAUCAUUGGCCGUCAGCUCAUCGAGGCCGACACAGUGACUGAUUACACAAUCUUGAAUGACGGGUUCGCAACCUCGCAGAAGUCCCUGGCUCGUCAGGUGCUCUAUCGCCACAUUACUAGCAGAGCACCAGACGAAGCACAAGCGUUGCGCCCGCUAGAUGAGACAGGCACCACCCUGGCGCUCAAGAGAUUCUUCUCGACAGUUUGCAACGACCUCACGCGUCUCGACCUGGCUUAUGCCUUCGAUCCCAUCGCUGCCUCGGACGCCCAUACAGCCACUUCGCAUCUCGACCCGUCGGUCUUUGACAGAACAACGCACCUUAUCGUGCUCGACGUUGCACCAUGGGUCCGUAACAUUGUUGCCUACGAUCAUGCACUGAUGCAGGAGCGCAAAAAGUUAAGCAGUCUGCUUUCAGAGGGUGGCCAGUCCAAGCGGAUGCGCAACACGAGGGCCGCCUACUCGGCGCUCGAGGGCGGCGAUCGAAGGUCCACUCGUCGUGAGAAGUACUUUCAAGGCUCUCUUAACACCUUGUUUGUCCUCAAGACCGGCUCGGACUCGUGGACUCGAGCGGCCACAGAGCAGGUCUCUUACGCUGAGGCAGAGGCCGCGACACCGCCGAGCCCCACGUCGAUGGAUGUAGAUGAGGAGUAA